AAUUGUAAAUGUAAUGCAUUUUUUUCAAUUAGGUUAGGCGUAGUUAGAGAAAACAAUUUCUUUUGUAAACGAAUGUAAACGAAGGGGAGACUACUACGGUUUUAAAAAUAUCCUGCUGUUGUUAGAUCUUGAGGAGGACAGAGAGAUGACGGCAACUACAGCCUCAACUUCCAAAGGAUGAAUCAUGAGCUGUUGCAGCAGUUGAUCAAAAGGAAAAGAUUCUUCUAUUAUAAAAACAGCACCAAAACCUGGUGCAUCGGCUUUUGGUCAAAGCUCAAAUAUUUUCUUGUUCAUUUUGUUCUGAAAAUAAUCAUGGGAGUCAAGCAAGCUAAAAGGGGGAUAACUGUGCAAUAUGUGCGAUUUAUACCAGAGCUGAUAUUAGUUGUGGCUCUUGGACUGGGUCUGUAUACCCAGUGGUCUUUCACAGAAGAUGUAACAAUAUCUGUCAUUGCCAUUCUAGGGGCUUUUGUGUUUGCCAUUUCAUGUGCGCUGCAGUACUACUUUGGGAUGGAGGACCUGGGCAAAGCGUUGUUCCACGUUUGGGUCGGCUGUCUGAUCGGCAUCCUGGCUUUCACCAACAACGCUCAGCUGCAGUACGUGACCAUGGAGGAGGUCAUGGAGGCCAUGUUCAUCACCAGCAUGGUGCUGGGCUGGUUCUGGAACAUUCUAGAACGUUUGCUCAAACUGGACGCGGGAGAUGCUAAAAUGUUGACGAUAUCAGAAGGUCUAGAAUCCACUGGUUUGAUUAUUGCGAGCAUUGUGACAGGUGUUGACAGCAUAGCCUUGUCUCUGUAUACACUAGCAUACAUAUUCCACAUCACAGCUAUGAGACUGAAAUCAUUCACAGGAUUUAUUAGUUUUGUUUCGUUUAUCUGUGUGGGGAUAUUUUUAUUUUUCCCUGCUCUAGAGGUCAAACCAAACAUCUACGCCCUCACCUGUUUUGUUGGGCGCCACGCCUUUCAGCCAGUCAUUGAUUUCUAUUUCUGUGGUCUCUCAAUGAUAGACAGGUGGAGAUCCUACUUCAGCAAGCCCCGUGUGCUCCGCUACCUUUACCUGGUGUUGCUGUUUCUACUGCAGCUGGUGCUAGCGGUGGUUGUGGGCGUGGGGACGUCGCGUCACAAAGAGUGGUUCAUUGUGUUUCCCCUGUACAUGGCUCUAGCUGUGGUCUGGCUCAUGUUCCACCUCAUGUUCUUCAUCACCUGUUGGAAGCUGAUGGGGAAGGUCACAGAGUGCAAUGCCAGUGCUGAAAAUGGAAGCAGCUUCAAAAGGAUCAUGGCGGCCAAAGGUCUGCGCUACUUUGGCCUGGUCUCUCAACGCAUCAUCUUCCUGUCCCUCAUCACCAACGUCCUAGUUUUUGUCAUUGGGUUUGAGACCAGGACACCCUACACCCUGGCUCUCGUCUUCCUUGUUCUACCUCUGGAAUGUGCCAUCGUCAGUUUGUUCUGGGAACUGGGGGACAACUUGGGGGGGACGUGCACAGGUUAUGCUGUCAUUAGUCCAGUCACUGCCCUAAGACAGGGAGUUGGAGCCCAACUUUUGUCUAGCGCUGAUGUCCAAGAUAUUGGCUCUAGAGGGGCCAGCACUCUGGGCUUGCUGCAACAACUCUUCUCCUACCACAUGAUACAGAACUUUGGCUGUGAUUACUCUAGUAGUGGACUGGAGUUGGACAGUUUACAAAACAAGCUGAAAGCAUUUUUUGAUCGUCGAACCAACGAUGGUCCAAGGUUUGACACUUACAUCCUGUACUACAGUGGUGAUGUGUAUGACACAGGGGACUGGGCACUUGCUGAUAAAAAAAACCUCUCCCUGUCCAUGUUACUCAACUUGUGGCAGGAGAAGGACAAGAACUCCGGCUCCCGUCUCAUCCUAGUCCUAGACACAUCACAUUCCUUCAAGUGGGUGCCACUCAUUUCUUCCAUCACGGACUGUUUUGUGGCUCUACAGACAUGCAGAUACAUCAGUAGACCAGAGACAGCUGAAUCAGGUGACAAAUCUACAGUUGGCUCCUUCACUAAAGCCUACGUCCAGUUUAACAACGGACAGGAAGUGGACAUUGACUGGACGACAAGGUCAAGGCCACUGAGAGCCUGCUACAGGGUCUCGUCCAACUGGUCAGACUUCUCCUUCCACCUGCCCACCAGGGAGGAUGUGGAGAGCUACUGGAGGCUGACCUUCCCGUCCAUCAUGAAGCCUCUGAUGAAGGUUCUCAACCUGCCCAGCUUGGGCUCCCCCUUCUGCUGCUGCAGGUGUUUCCUCAGCUGGCUGCGCUGGCUGCAGAUGCGGCUGUUGCCCCCAGCGCAGCUAGACACUGGCCAUGGUCUACAGCUGCUCAACACAUAACUGUCUACACGUCUGGUUUGGUUUCUUUAAUUUGGUUUUUAUGUUUGAUUUCUUGCUUGGGAACAUUCAUGUAUACAGAUCUCGGCUAGUAUGGUUUGUUUUUAAAUUUGUAUUGUUGUUGAUUAAUGGUGAUCAUCAAAUUGGAACAUCUUUCAACUAAGCCAAAGACAUUUUAUAUGCAUAUACUCCAUGUAUUUUUAGCAUGUUCCUGUUAAAGUUUGAGAUAAAAUCAAGAUCACCAAUCCACAUUGAUCUAUUUAUCUCCCCUUUCUAACAAACUUCCACAUUAGUGGUCAUCCAGGUAUGGUGUUCACACAAAUUUUGGAUAAAGCCCCUCCCUCAGGAAACACAUGUCCAGUUUCAGCAUACCCUCCCCUGAGGUGGCUGUCCUCAAACAUUUAGCCAACCUCUCAAAACUUGCAACCAAUCUACUAUUUCAAUAACAUCUUUAAUUAAGUAAUAAUACUAAUCCUAACCCAUUAUGCCUGAAUGUUAACAGUGGGGUUGUCCAAAAAUGACGUCACACUUUAAAGGGUUUCAGAAGUGUUAUGACACGCUUUUGCAAUAAUUUUAGAAAGUGAAUUCAAGCUGUUGUUCAUCUAUAACAUUUCAAUAUAAAUUAAAAUAGACCUACUCAACGUUGAGCUAGCUCAGUAAUUUUUGGAAAAUAAAAAAAAAAAUGAUAAUUCUGACAGGGGUGUUAGACUGAGGUGUGAUGUGCUUUUAAGACCAUGCUUUCUUUACACAUUAGGAUUUUUUUAGAAAUACACAAACUGUCAUCUUAAUUUUAAACAUGUAGAAUACUAGUUUGAUGUUUGUUUCAUCAUAUGGAUGUUUGACACCCCCCCCCUCCCCCCCACGUCUACACGACCAUAAAUGAUGAUUUUAUUGGGCCCCUCCCACCUCUGUGUGGACCUCAUAAGUGGAUGACCCCUUCUAUUGAUUCAUUUGUGUAGAAUCAAUAUCUUAAAUCUCAUUCAAGUUUUUUAAGUAAGCAAUAGUGUAAUGAUGUAAGCAUGUAAGCGCUAGUGUAAUGAUGUAAGCACUAGUGUAAUGAUGUAAGCACUAGUGUAAUGAUGUAAGAUGUUUGUGUUGAGAGGUUUGUUGAUGUUGAGCAACUCUGUGGCAUUUUAUUUCAGCACUUGUUGACUGCUGAUGUCUUCCUGGUGUAGAGGCUACAACCUAUGAACUCUGGGUCAUGACCUUCACCUUCACCCCAACAUCACUACAUCCAAACACUAUUUAUGAAACUUUCUUGUGAGUUUGGUCCUUUUUUUAUACAGCCUUCUAUGAACAAAUACUUUUUUAAUACAUUUUUUUACUUUUCUUUUAUUCUCUGGUGGAUUUUUAGCUGCUGGUAAUUUUGACUUGUUUUAGCAGUCACACUUGUGACUGUUGUUAUGGUGACUGUUGUCAUGGUGACUGUUGUCAUGGUGACUGUUGUCAUGGUGACUGUUGUCAAUAGAAACUUGGGAUUUAGGCCUUUGUCAUUAUUUUAAUUUUUUUAAAAGUAUUUAAAAGUUAUUUUGACAUUUUUUGAAUAGCUAAUGUUUAAACUUUUUAUAUUUGGGGUGUUGAAUGUCUGCUCAUGUCAUUCUCCUAGUGUUUCUUUCAGUUAUUUCCUUGACCUCCAGCUGUUGUCAGUGUAUUAUUACAUUGCAUGCUGGGUUGGUACUCUGGCAAAAAUGCUUCUCUACUUGGUUUUGCUAGAUUUGUAUCAAUACAAGCAACUGCCUAGCUCUCCUAGCCGUGUGGGCCGGCUUUCAACUUGGACGGUUGGUUUAGUGUGGUGAUGAUUUCUUUCAACUUGGACGGUUGGUUUAGUGUGGUGGUGAUUUCUUUCAACUUGGACGGUUGGUUUAGUGUGGUGAUGAUUUCUUUCAACUUGGACGGUUGGUUUAGUGUGGUGAUGAUUUCUUUCAACUUGGACGGUUGGUUUAGUGUGGUUAUGAUUUCUUUCAACUUGGACGGUUGUUUUAGUGUGGUGAUGAUUUCUUUCAUUUCAUGUUUUAAUGUGAUGCUUUUACUGAGCGUGAUGUUUUAUUGCUGUGUGAUGUUUUUAUUUCAACUUUGUGUUUACUUGCUUGAUUUGGGUGUAAAAUGUAAAUUGGUUUCUGAUACUUAAAUAGUUGUGAAAAUUUGAUUAUGAUGUGUACAUUUAGAUAAAUUAAUGGGAAAUUAUUCACUGGGUUUGCAUUGGUAUGUUGUAAUGUUUGGUUUGGUGUAAUUGUAUGAAAAGUGGAUGGCAGGUUAAUGUCAAUGUUAAAAACAUUUGAAACUGUGAUUUGAUAAUCAAUUUUUGUUGUGCUUCAGCUGUAAGAUGAAAUUAAAAUAGAUUUUGAUUGGUUGAUAAAUUAUUCACAUAUCACCAGUUGAGCAUUCCAUUUGUAAAAGUCAGUUAUACAAUUCAUGUAUGACAAAUUCAGUGCCAAUAUUAUGACAAGACAUGCAGUAUCUUCCUAUGAUAGGCUGUGUGUGGUCAGGUUAAAAAAAACCACAUUAAUGAAUGUUUAAUUUACAAGAAUUCGUUGAAAGUCCUGCUCUGCACAAUACUUAAACCACACUCCAAAAAAUUAGAAACAUUAAAUGAAAUAAAAUAACUGCCAUUUGAAGAUAAACCAUGGUUAUAUUUUUACUUUAAAUGGCUUUUGCUAUUGUUGAAAUUUUAAAGCCAAGUUCAGUGUCGUUACAAAUUUAAUUUAUGCACUAAAAGAUAAUAUAUAUUUUUACUUACUGUUUAACCCGCCCCCCUUCAAAAUGUAAUCAGUGCUGCUCACACACAGCCUAUUAUACAGCCUGUUCUUUGUGAGUGGGUUAAUGAAUGCAGCUGUCUCUAAAUACAGUUCACACACAGCCUAUUAUACAGCCUGUUCUUUGUGAGUGGGUUAAUGAAUGUGUUGUUGCAGCUGUCUCUAAAUACACUUCACACAUAGUCUUAUACAGCCUGUUCAAUGGUUUCUUUAACUACAGUUAGUGAUUUUAAUUUUUUAAUUAGUGAUGCUAUUUUUUUUAAAAUAAGUGAUAUCAAUUUUUUUUAAUGAGUGAAAUUCAUUUUUUAAUUAGUCAAAUUCAUUUUUUUAAUUAGUGAAAUAAUUUUUUUUAAAUGUUCCAAAUCUGUGGAUGUUUUGUGUUGAGGAUGUGUUGUUGGUAUAGAAUGGUAUCCAUGUGUACAGCAGCUGUCCAACUAUGAGUAACCUCUGCUGGUGUUGACUCGGUUCAUGCAUUGUUUCAAGUAUGAGUCCCUCUGAGUCCACUCAGUUUUGAUGGGUACCCAUGCAUUGUUUCAAGUAUGAGUCCCUCUGAGUCCACUCAGUUUUGAUGGGUACCUAACUCAGAUUAGAAAAACUAAGACUGCUGGGCAUAGUACUGACCACAUUGAUCUCUGUAUGUUGAGCCCAUUGAAACAGAUUAACUCUACUUUAUCUGCCCCAUGUGUCUUGGGCACAAACAGGAAAAGAUGAUGACUAAGUCAAUGUAAACUUCUGAUAAAACUUAAAAUCAUUAUUUACUUAGAUCUAAAUGUACAGAUUUCUAGUUGGUGUGUGAUAGUUUUGAUGCAUUGUUUGAAUUGUUGGCCUAUGUUACAAAGUGAAAGUACACAAUCUGUACACUUUAUCAACAUGUAUAUCCCAUGUCACCCCAUGUUACAAAGUGAAAUAUGUCCUGUCGACACCACUGUUAUGAAAACAUUUUUUUAGAUUGAACUGGAAAAAAAAGCAUUUUAUGAAUGAUUAUGGCACUAACAAGUUGU